AUGUCUGAGUCCACAUUAAAUGCGCCGCUGGCGUCUCGAAUUGCGUCGCUGAUUCACGCGCAUUUCGACGGCUUGCCUGCGCGUAGCAAACCAAAGAUAUUCCCCGAUGGAUCCAGAGAGUGGAUUCCAAUGACUGGUAUUGUGGCUGUCAAGGGAGAAAAAACACUCUCAGAAAACCUACAUUGCAUAUCUGUUACGACUGGAGCAAAAUGCUUAGCGGCUUCCCAUAUCUCGCGCUGUCAAGGUCUCGUUCUCCAUGAUUGUCAUGCCGAGAUCUUGGCCAUCCGCGCUUUCAAUUACUGGCUUCUAAAUGAAUGCCACGCUCUAUUGACCGAGGAAAUCAAACCCACCAUCCCUCCAGACGAGACCCUCGAAGUUGAGCAAAACCAUGUUUCAAGAUCUCCGUUCAUUCGGAGAAGGACCCAAAUACAACUCGAAGCCGGUACAAUGACACCGUCAGUCAAUUGGCCGCCCUUUGAGAUCCAACCCGAUGUCAAGUUCUACAUGUACUGUACAUGUGCUCCAUGUGGGGAUGCUAGCAUGGAGCUAUGUAUGGCAGCACAAGAGGACGCAACACCAUGGGAAGUGACACGCCAAAACGAUCCAAGCCCGACACAUCAAGGCGACCUUCAUGAGGAGAACAUGCUAGACGGUCGAGCUCACUUUUCUCUUCUCGGCGUUGUCCGCAGAAAACCCGCCCGGAUAGAUGCAGAAUCAACCCGAAGCAAGUCUUGUUCGGAUAAACUCGCUCUGCGUCAGGUAUCAUCCUUGCUUUCCUGUGAAACGAGCCGUCUAGUCGCACCAACAGAGAAUGCAUACUUGGCUGGUCUCAUUCUUCCAGAAGAUGAGAUUUCUCGGGUUGCGUGUGACAGAUCUUUCGGGGAGAAUGGCCGUAUGAGGGCUUUGGCAGGUCGCUCGUGGCCGAUGAAUACAGGACAUGAUGGAAGUGCGACUGGGUAUCGGUUUCGACCGUUCGAGGUGCUCUCGGUGCCUGUUGAGGAAAUUGAAGCGCUUUGGCCAUUUGCGAAACCAAAGGUCGUUCGAUCCCGCUCUGUGCUACUAUUGGAGCCGCAGAGUGAAAGCCGAGUGUCUACUGUCGUACCCAAGAAGAGCAAGCCAGGUAACGUUAGCUCUAUAUGGACGGUCGCGUCUUCACUGUCACAUCCUUGUGCGAUGACAACGGACAAUGGUAGUAAGACACUGCCGACCUUGGCACGGUCGAAGACGGGCCUAUAUGAAACUAUCAUCAACGGGGUCAAGCAGGGUAAUAGAUUGGCUACUCCUACAGCACGAGGUGCUUCAUCGCUAUCUCGCGCUAAGUUAUGGGGUCUUCAUCGAAAUAUCAUUCGAUUAGGAAAAUGCACUCACAAACACGAGAACUGCCAAAACCUUGGGCAGGGCAAUGAUCCAUCCUGUUCUGUCAAAGAUGCAAAUUCAUACAAAGAAUUCAAGCGGACUGGAGACGAUAUUACGGAUCCUCUCUAUAUUCGUCAGGAAGCGAUUCGUGAUGCCAAGACAGUCCUCAAGGGAUGGGUGUCGAAUACGGGAGAUGAAGGCUGGAGUCUAGAUGUUCUAGUUGGUUCAAAAAAGCGCAAGAGUGAAGCAAGUUAA